UGGAGGGUGGCACAACGCCUGUACCCUAAGACACAAUACUUUUGCUUGAGGCUGUGAGCGCAUGGUUGUGUCUGAAGGCAAAUCCACAUUUUUAACAACUUAGAUCUUCUCGCAUUUGGACUCAACACUGGACACCCCACGUCGACACUUUACCCUGAAGCAAAGAAAUGAAUAUCUGCAAAAAGAUACAAGAGGCAGUCUCCCGAAGAAAAUCACAUCCUAUAAUACAGUAUAUAAUUAACAACAAACUCAACAAGCUUAAAAAGGCACUGAAGGACAACAACAUUAAUGCAUUUUACCCCUGCACAGAGUGGAAUGACUAUAUAACCCCACUGAUUGCUGCUGUUGUAAAUCACAACAGGGAUAUUUUUCAUUUCCUUUUGGAGCAGGGUGCAGACCCAAACAUACCUUCUCAAUCUGACUUAACACCUUUGCAUUAUGUCUCACUAUACAAAGCACCACUUCUUUUUGUGGAGAAACUCCUUGAAGCAAAAGCCAGUCCAAAUGGAUGUAAUCUACACCGAUUCACACCGGUGCAAACUGCUGCCAUCAAUGACAGGGAUGAUGUCUUGAAGCUGCUCAUAUCUGCUGGUGCACUGGUAACAUUGUUACCUCUCACUGAUCCUGAACAUAUUAUUUACAAUAAAAAAAUAUCUGAGAUGAUUCAUAACCUUGCAUCAAAAGGAGAUGAAAUAUGCUCCAAAAUCAGAUAUUUCAUGGAGUUGGAAAUUGCUCUCCAAGAGAAACCACCUGAAGAAGUUUUCAAAAUAUUUGACAGUCACAUGUUGCGGGAGCACCCUCAGACUCAUCUGACCAUGAUUGAAAUGCUCUUUGAUGUAAUUGUGCCGGAUGCAGAAAUAUACCACCAGGGAAGUGUUAAUUGGGUGAAGGACAAUCUGAACCCCUACAUUGCAAGUGCAGUUUGUCGCUUUCCAAACAUCCCUGAGACAAAUGUAAUUAAGGCAAUUAAGAGUUUAUGUGCAGUUUUCCAAGCAAUGGAAGACAUACCAAAUGAGCAAGCUUUGGCUAUAAUCCCAGAACUACUGGAACAGCUUUGUUCAAAAGAGAAACUUGCUUUAUAUCGAGUUGUUCUGGAAACACUGUCGGCAAUAACACAAAAAACAAAAGGCACAGAUGACUGGGAUCCCAUCCUUAUUAAGAUGUUAUGUCAAAAAGUCCUUUUGUAGAUAUCAAGCAGUCCCAUGCCAUUAUAAAAUCCACAUUAAGCAUUUUAGCAAAGUUACUUUCAGUUGAACAUGUGGCUGACAUGUUAAAAGCACUGGAGUUAACUUCAGUACCCGAGGACAUACUGACAGAGAAUGACCAGCUGAAAGAAGAAGAAAUCAAUCAACUGAAAUCCCAUUUCAGCACUCCAAAUGUGAAAUAUGACCUGUCACCUGGAAAGAAAAAGUCAGAAAAACAAGAAGACCCAACUGAUGAAGUUUGCAAUACUGCAACUGCAGCAGCUCCUAUUGUGGAGUCAACUUCAAAUGCUAAUCCACACAAAUGGCUGCAGAUCAGCAAGAGGUGGAGGGAAAAGUUAGAGAAGCUUAUUAGCUCUAGUGAAAGUAAAGUCACCAGGGUUGGAAGCCUGAUUUAUGUGAAUAAAGAAGAAUUCCGCAUAGCAAAGAGAAGUGAUGGUACUGAAGUCUUCUUGGGGCUGAUGGGGCGGAGAUGACGGCACUGAAGUUGCUAUUAAGAGAAUGUCUAAAUGCAACUAUCAAGUGCUGAAGAAUGAAGAGGGAUUUCUGCGACUUCCAGAGCUUGAUCAUCCAUCUAUUGUACGAUACGUUGACUUUGCAGAGGAUGAGAACUUUGGAUAUCUUGCUCUUCAACUUUGCGAAUUUACGCUUGAAGAAUACAUAGAAAUAAAUUAUGAAAGUCUGCUGGCAAAUAAACUGGUCAGACUGGUCAAACUGGUCAAACUGGUUUUGAAGAGCUUAAAGGUGCUUCAUUGUGAAAAUCCUCAAAUUCUCCACAGGGAUAUUAAACCACAGAACGUUUUGAUCGAUGUUACCGGGAGGUUAAGAUUAGCUGAUUUUGGCAUUAGUAGACAAUUACUUCAAGGACAAACGACUUACCACACAAGAAGGGCAGGAACAAAAUGCUGGAUGGCCAAGGAGACUUUAGAAGGAGACGCUGACACCAUACAGGUGGAGCACUGAUAUUCAGGUGUCAGGGAUGCUGAUUUAUUACAUUCUUUCUGGAGGACACCAUCCUUUUGGCAAAAAGUCCUUUGAAUGUGAGUACAACAUUCAUAAAGGGAUUUACACUUUGGACCAUCUUCAAGACGUGGUCGCAAGGGAUCUUGUCAUGUGGAUGAUUCAGGAAGAACCAAAGAGCAGGCCUAAAGUGGAAGAAUGCUUGAGUCAUCCCUUCUUCUGGACCACUGAGAGGUACAGUCACAUUUAUCAUGUAUAAUGGCUGUAUGUGUUUCCCCGUGCUGUGUGUUCCUCUUUGGUCCUCUAGUUCUGCCCCAGGUGUGGUACAUCUGAUCACUGAAUGAUGUCCACCUGGCCUUGGACGUCGGUCUUUAAAAGCUCCUUGCGCCAGCAUCAGAGAGGCUUUUUGAGUUGGGACUGCUAGUCCUGAUGCCUCUCAGCCGGGGAUUUUGUGUUAUGAUUUUGUGUUUUUGUAUUCUUGAUUUAUCGUCUUAUUAUGUUAAUAAAUCCCAUGGAUUUGGUUGUUGUAAAGGUGUUUAUCUGUGUUGUGUGGGUCAGUGUUGGAGUUUUGUUCACCCCAUGUAGCCACCAAAGGGUUGGGUGUAACACAUGGCCAAUUAAGUCAGAAUAAUUUAACUGAUUUGCUAUUAUUUCGGUGUUAUAUGCUAGCAUAGCGUUAACAAGACUUAAAGUCUACAGCAAGACUAGCGGCAAUGUUCAGCUUUCAUCUAAAUGCUAACAUCAACAUGCCAACAUGAUCGCAAUGACAAGGCUAACUUGAUGAUACUAAGCAGGAAUAAUUUUGACCCUGCACUUGUUAUUCAGCAGUUUCUGUAUUAAGUAAUACAGUAUAUUUAUAUGUAAUGCAUUGGAUUAUGGGGCAGGAUGUUGAUUACAACAUCCAUACACUAUCCUAUCACUCAUGCACACCUUACACUGCUGAUACACAGGAAUUUGGUCCUACAGCAAAGUAUUGGACUAACUGAAAAUUUCAUCAUCUGACUGACAGACCCGACAGGCCAACAUUACCUUCUGUAGAGCCGCUAGCAUGGCUUGUCAAAAUCAAAUGAUACAUUAAAAGAUGUCAAUGAAAUGAUUAACCUAAAGCCAUGCCUCUCUUGUGUUCUUUUAAUAUUACACUUUCUUCAAUUGCAGUUUUUUCCCCAUCAGCAAAUCCAUAGCAUGUCUUUAUUGCCAGUUUCUAUCAAUAUAUGAAAUGACAAAAAGGUUUAAGUUGUUUAAAGUUUAUCAAACACGAGAGAUGGAGAAAAGGUGACAACCCCUACCCCAACAACACUUUGGGAUUACUGCGCUUCAUGCGAAACCUCAAUGAGCACUAGUGAGUUAAACUUAGUAGAAUGAAGAAGAAUGAUGAUGAUGGGUCUUUAUAUGUCAAGAAUAAACUCACCCUCAUUUUCUCACUUAUUUCCAUCAUGUGAUGAAAAAAAGAUCCUGUAAUGACAAACUUUCUUAAAAUAAUGACUUAGUGUCUUAAAUGAGAUUAAUGAGUUUUGGUUAUUUUGAGAUAUCAUUAUUUCGAGAAAGUUUUUUUUCAUCACGUGGGCUUAGAAAGGAAUGAAAAGUGUUCACGGUGACACCUUCAUUCUGGAAAGAGACAAGAUCUAGUCUUUGGAACAUUAAGGAUUAAGCAAGUAUUUUUUUAAUGGCAUUUAUUGAAUGUGUUAUCCUACUGUUUUAUUGAUUUCUUGAUAUGAGUUUAAUCUUCUCUACUUACUUUACUCCUUUACUCCUCUCUUACUUAAUGUGACAUACAUCACACAUCUCAUGUCUGCUACUUUACUUUUUUAAUAUUGGUUUGUUCUCUUUUUGUUGCUGCUGUUACAACGCUUAUUACACAACUAGUCAUAACUAGUUGAACUAGUCAUAACCUAUAGACAUGAGAAACUGAUGAUAAGGGCCUGCAAAUAGACAUAGUUUAAUUUUGAGGCGUCACAAGCUAAAAGGUUGGGAAGCACUUGCAUAUUGUAGAUAACUUUUUUUGUACUUUUUUUGAUUUUCCAUUCUACGUCCAUCCACAAGAUGCCUUUAGACUUUGCCACUGAACAGGGGUGGCAAAGUCUGGUAUUCUCAGAAUAUAGACCUACUACUAAGUUUCCUUGAGUAGAUAAACAAUAAAUAAAUCUG